CGGGAGUCAUGCGGCUCUGGCUGUAGUGUUCGGGAGUCAUGCGGCUCUGGCUGUAGUGUUCGGGAGUCAUGCGGCUCUGGCUGUAGUGUUCGGGAGUCAUGCGGCUCUGGCUGUAGUGAGCGGCAGAGAAAUAGGAGAGUGUAGGAGGCUCUCCUGUCUGUCUGCUUAUUAUGCAGGACACCCCUGCCACCUAGUGGAUGUGUGGGACACUUUCAUGUCAUCCUCUGGGGUUCUUUGUACUUUAGAUAGUUUAUAACUGGAGAAAUGUAUUGACCCCAAAAUCAAUCAAUCCAAGACACAGUAUUAUGUCUGAAUACUCAUGACAGAAUUCUAGUAUGUGGUAACACUUUCCUUCAUAACACUGUCAAACGUGACAUAACAGAUUGUAGUAACAGUCACUCUUGAACUAACACUCCUACUACCACUGACUGUUGAGGAAACAGGAGCUCACUAUGACGGACUGAUAUGUGGGUUUCUCACCCAGCUACCUGAAGAUGAACACACUUCACGUCACAGGGGAUAAGAGCAUCAGCUUCAUGACUAAUAUAGACAUGUAGCCUUCACUGUGAGACUGUCAUUUGAAUGACUGUUAUGUAACCUGGAUGUUUCAAGUCAACUGUAACCAUGUAUGUUGGAUGAUGUUCUUCUCACUGUCCCGUGUCAAUGUAGUGGUUGUCAUUUGAUAUGAGCAUGUGACGGUGUCUCUGUCCUCUACAGUAAGGAGAGCAGGAUGAAUGGCCAGUAUCAACAGACAGUAGAAGUAUUAAACAACGACAAUAAGUAUUCUCUGUUUGCGGUGGUGAACCACCAGGGCACCCUGGAGAGUGGUCACUACACCAGCUUCAUCCGCCAACACAAAGACCAGUGGUUUAAGUGUGACGACGCCAUCAUCACAAAGGCCAGCAUCAAGGACGUGUUGGACAGUGAAGGGUAUCUGCUGUUCUAUCACAAGCAGUUCCUGGAGUAUGAGUAGCCUUACCUUGUAGACCGCUGACUCUGCGGAGAACCAACCAACCCAACGCUCAAAGAGAUGAGGAACCAACCAAUGACUGUGGAACAGAGGACGAUAAAACACGAACACACAAACCUACCUGAAACUCUGACUAUACCAGUUACUACUACCCCCCCUGACAGGGGUGACAGUCUAACAUAAACAAUGACUAAUAGUGAAAAAUCAUGCAAAACUUGUUCAAAAACAGCACUGAGCUCCCGGCAUCUACUUGACACAACUGAAUGGAGAAAGAGAAUGAGGAAAAGUGGAGUGGAGUGGGUGGGAAGGAGCCCUCCCUCUCUCUCCCUCACUCCGCCCCUUUUCUGACGUUGGGGCGGAGCCUUGUCGAGAGUGAAUUGACAGUAUCUGUGGAGAGGAAGUAGGAGGGAAGAGGGCACAGUGGGACUCAAAGCCCCCAAAACUACAGUAUUGAUUUGUGAAUUCUUGUUUCUUUCCUCAUGGUGCUCUCGUUUCCACUGAAAAGCAUUUACCAUACACUGACGAUGGGAGGAGACUGUCCAACGUCUUCAUAUGCAUACACAACUGAAUGCAAAAAAGAUAUAUACUUCAACAACAGAACAAAAGUAUGGUAUUAUUUAAAAUAUAAUAGCAAACAAGAUCUAGUUAUGAUUCUUAUCAUUUGAAUUUAGUUCUGGAAUAUGCUGUAUGAUCCUCUAGUACAUCUAUUUUUUUAAAGAGGAAAAGUGAGAGAACUGAGAGCACGAGACGCCAUCCUUGCUAGUUUCCUGGUAAGCGUAGCCAAACAUGAAAAAUGGACUUGGAGCAAACUGAACGUACCCAUGUUCAAACUAUUUUUUUGUUGAUUAUUUUCUUGUUUCAUUUUGGUUGAGGGAAUAUCUAUUUUUUUAUUUAGUGACUCGUUCAUUGAAAUUCUUUGUACCAUUUCUUUCCAGUGUCCACGUUAAUCUCAUCGUUUUGUUGCGGUGCAGUAAUGUCCCUUCCUUGCUGUCAUGGUACCUUCAGAAGACGUUAUUUCGAUGUAGUAUUCUUGAUCGUGGAAAGUGUUGUUGGGUAUAUAAUGAUGGUGGUGAUUUAAAUUGGCUCACUUUUGGCUGUUGACAUUUUUGAGCUAUAGGUUUCUUGUGGCAUUAUGAAGUAGAGGCAAUGUAUUCUCUGUAGCUUGGUCCCAGAUCUGUUUGUGCUGUCUUGCUAAAACUCUUAUAGUAGCUGGCAAGCCAUCACAAACAGAUCUGGGACCAGGCCAUGGCUAUCAGACUGCUGUGGGUCUUUUUAGAAGACCUCUGCAACACAGUAGGGUGGAUACCUGGGGCAAAUCGCUUGCUAUUCCCCAUAUACUGCAGAGACAAAUGUAGUUCUCUAGGGAAUAGUGGGCCAUUUCAAACACAGACCUCUAGAGUCUGUCAACUAAAGCGAUGUGCUAACGUAAGCCUACUGCAACACAGCUGUGCAGGUCUAGGGCAAAACUGAAAUGGCUCACUAUUCCCUAUAUAGUGCACUACUUUUGAAUUCUGUCCAAUAGUUGUGCACUACAUAGGGAAUAGUGUGCCAUUUUGGACCCAUGUCCGUCUCUGUCUUAAUGUUGCCUUGGGCAAUAAUACCUCGACGCCUCCACCUCUUCUGUUACAAGACUCCGUUGACUGAUUAGUGUACUGUUGUUGGGGGGGAUAAAUGGCGAUGAUGAAGGAUUGCACGUACAUGGUGGCGCUGUCUGUUUGCUGCACACUCUCCAGCUUUGAAUCCAUUAGUGUUCUCUUAAUAUCCACAACAACAACCACAUGUGGCUUGUUCAGACCAAGGUUGUGUUCAUUAGGCAACAAAUAGAGAACUCACAAACGGGGAGGGACUGCUUGGGCUUGUCCAAUGAGAAACGCUCAUUUAAAUGUUCUGUGGCAAAACGUUUUAAAACGUUAUCCAUUGCGUGCCCUAAUGUGCACGACCCAAUGUGUCUUGUGGUAGGUUGCCUCUGCAGUGCAGUAACACAGUGCUUUAUCCUAUCAGUAUGCUGUCUGAAUUCUGAGUCUAAAAAGAAAGAACACAAAUGUGUUGUUGGGUAUUUUAUGUUUGAAUAUCACUGUGUAUGUAAAGUUUUAAAAAAUAAAUGUGGGAAAAUGUAUACCACAUUGAUACCGCAACACUUUGGGUCUGGUCCAGCUGCUCGGGAAACAAACAAUACAAAUAAAUAAAACAUAUCUAUCCUCUG